CGACAAAACUUUGCUUAGGUUUGCGGGAAAAUUGAAAGCAGACGACGAUUCAGAACUUAAAACGCUUUAGAAAAUCGUCAUGUUAAAGUUUUUUUUAAUAAUUUAUCUUCAAACGUUGCAUUGGUAUGCAGUCAAACGUUUCGAGAGUGGCGUUACAAUGUGCUUCCGUUUUAAAAAGUAGCCGCGUUUAAUUUUAACCACUGUGCAAUCGUGGUUGUCUACGUUAAGUCAUCGCAGCCUGCAUCGGGAUGCGAAUUUGCACCGGAUUGCCCCCACCACACUCAAAAACCUGAUGUUUGUCAUAGAAUUUUUGGUGCCGCUCAACUUUCAUGACACCAUAAGUCCAUCUCUGGUCAGGUGUUCUGGCCCCGCUAGUUAUCAGUGUCAUCAAUCUUUCCCAGUUUCUACCCCUCUCUCCGCUCCGCUGUAUUCCUAGGUCACAGCUUUAGCAGAGAGGAUGCAAGGUUCAGCGCCCCCUACAGGCGGUGAUCAGCACGAGCAGGUGGUGUCCGCUGCUCUGGAUCUCAUCUGCAGCUCAUCUGAACAGACUUACACUCAGUUCCUGGCCUCCUUCACACAGCUGAACCCAGAAACCCUGCGGUCUGAGGGGCCAAGACACACUCUCAUAACAGUCACCCCAGAGGACAUGAGAGACAACCGAGGAGAGGACGGGGUCACCCAUCUGAGAGGGCCGCAGGAUCCCCCUCACCUCCUUGAGCUGAGUAACAGCUUGGACAAAGCAGCCUUGAGAGAAGAGCACGUCAGAGAUGACUUACAAGUGUCCGGUCUGCUCCCAGGGGAGGUGGAGGAGGCGGGCCUGCCUGCAUGCACGUCCUCCGUCAGCCACUCCACGCAGCUGGAGAUGUCCUCCGCAGGAAACACAACUCACUCCACCAACUUGCCAUCGGGAGAACACACGACACGCUCUGCCAGCAAUGAUACGGAAAUGCACACAGCACACACAGUGACGUCUAACCAGCAGGUGGGCUGGGAAGAAGUACAGCCUUUUCACCUGGAUGAGGACUUUGAUUACGACCAUGUGGUGCUUACCCACAAGUACCCAGCACUUCGCCAAAACCCCACAGCCAACUGAUUUGUGUGUGUGUGUGUGUGCGCCUGUUUGUGUAUGUGGGUGUGUUUGUUGUAUGGGUGUGUGGGUUGUAUUUGUGUAUGUGUGUGUGUGCAUGUAUGUGAGCGCGAGCGUUCGUGUCCAUGAUGUAGUGUGGAGGUACUUGAUACACAAAUCAAUGAGAAAAACCGGCAAACUCAAGUGCACGUCGAGUGUUGAUUAAACAUAAUGUUUCUA